UGAUGAUGUCGUCUGCAUGCGCCAGGGAAGCUGGAGGGACUCAGUGUUGUGAGGAUUUGUGAGGCAGACGACAACACUCAGUCUUCGUCCGCUUCCCAGCCUCGGUUUGUUGGCAACCAAGAUCACGUGACAGUUCUGUCUCGUUUAUUUAUUUCUCGGCACAAAACAAGGGAAGAGACACAAUGCAAAGCCUUUGGCUACUCGUGGUGCUGUCAUAUACUCUCACCUGCUCCUUUGUAUCUGAAGGUCUUCAUGUUGGUUGUCCAGAUCAACACUGUUUAUUUCUUCAUGGACCCAAACGAUGCUUUGCUUUAAACACAGAAGUGCAAUAUGAAUGUCGGACAUUCAGGUGUGUGAAGACUGUGACUGACUCCAGCAUCGUCUACCACGUAGAAGACGUCAAAGACAACGGGUGUGUGGACAUGUACGGACAGUGCAUCGAGAAGGGCCAGGGCUUGUCCAUCGUGAAAGACUUGCGAAUGGUCCGAUGUGUCUGCCGUCUGAAGGACAACAGAAGUGCACUGGACUGUGACAUGAAGUAGAGAAGACAACAGCAAGUCCAACAACUAAACUUUGCUGCUUGUACACUUUGAGUAUUUAUGUAAACUUGUUAAUAUUUGGUAGAUGAUUGUAAUGCAAUGAUGAUAUACAUUUAAUAUCAUAGUAUAUGACGAACAGUUCGCAUAAAAAGUUUGUGUCAACAGAAGAUCUUUAUGAUCAGCUGUGCAGGUGUCGAAGCAAGAUAUCUUUAUUGUCUUUAUUGUCUUUUUAUCCUAGAGUAUUGUGCAGUGUGUUCUGUCACUGUCAAUGCCCAUCAAACAUGAUUUCAACUUAUCGCAGCUUUUCAUCGUUUCAUCGUUUGUCAUUGCCAGUCCCGGUUCCCACUGGCUGCCUGUUGGUUCCCCUUGUGCACGCAAAGACUGUUAUUAUGCGUUUAUGUUGAUGUAUAAGGUAUCAGCUGGUUGUUAAUAAUAAGAAAUAUUAUACAACUAAAAACAAGAAGUUUCACAUUUAUUUAGUGAUAUAUAGAUAGAGAGGGAGCGUAAUAGGAGCGCGCUCACUGCCACGUAUACAUCAUAAUAUCCACAAACAAGUCCUAAAGAGUAGUAGUUACAGUCGAUGAUGACCUAACAUAGUAGAAGCGGCGGAGAGAGACUGAUUAUCUUUAGUCUGUUAUGCGAAGGAACAUAACUCUCAUCAUGAUUAUGUGUUUGUCGUGUAUUAUUUUAUGCUCUGAUGCAUUAUUCAUUUACUUGCUUUGCUGCAAGAUUAUUGUUUAAUUUUUAUAAUGACCAAUAAUAAUAAUAAUAAUAAUAAUAAUAAUAAUAAUAAUAAUAAUAAUAAUAAUAAUAAUAAUAAUAAUAAUAAUAAUAAUAAUUAUUGGGAAGCUGCGAGACUAAAGUUUUAUUUGAUGAUGUGGAACAUUUUCUUAGUAACAUCUGUCCCUAUAGGUCAUAGCACUUUAUGAAAAAAUUAAUUUCGUCUUAUCUAUUGCAAAACCUCUUGUAUAGUGUUUAAGUGGUGUAAGUCAACUUUAGGUCAGCAACGUGUAUAUCUUGCCUAAUUGACAUGUCUAUAAAACAUCUUUAUAGCAUUUUUAAUUUUAUAUGAGAUUUUCACACAUAUCAGCAUCGGCAGGAAAAUUAAAGGUGACUCUUGUUACCAGAUAACCAGAUGUUAAAGAUGACAAAGGAUCGGACGUACUUAAAAUAUGCUUAAUCGCGCUGAGUACGUGCGACAGAUGUCUCACCUGUGACUGUUCAAACCCCAGGUCCUCAGCCCACGUCUUUACUAGUUCGGUAAGGGAGAGUACUCCAAUGGAAAAUUGAAAACAUUAAUUUAAAGACAGAUCCCGCAGAAGCUGGAGGAGAUUAUACACCAAGAACAUAUUAAAGGGUAGAAGGUCAGAGGUGUAAGGUCAGCAGGGUAGGGAUCUUCUUCGGGGUUAAUGCUUGUAAAUCAUGUUUUAUAUUAAUAUCUUAUAUUAAUUGUUUAAAUUUUUUUUAAUUGUUUCGCCGGAGUAUUUUCAUUUGGUAGCAGAUGAUGUAGGGUUGGUUGAAUAAGGAAAUUGUAAAAGAGGGUUUGAGUGAAAGGAACAAACUAGGGAAUAGGCACAAUUACACCAGGACUGAGAAAAGGACGCUGCAAGACAUUUACGAUGGAUUCUGCGCGGUGAUCUGUGACCCGAGCAGUGAUUGGCUAGUCAGUGGGUAGGGGGCUGAGAGUGAGGGGGAGAAACAAGGUGAGCUAAGGGGCAGCGUGGAGGGCGUCAGGUUUUGCAUCAGAUGUUUUCUUUGUUUUCUGUGUCGACGUUGGAACGUAUUUAGCACAUUGGGUAACUAAGACUGAUAUCAGGUUUAUGUUAUUGAUUUUGAGUGUGUUUUCUGUUGUUUGUUGUUCUUUUUGGUUUUUAUCCAGCUUUUGAUUCGUUGAUGUUAAAUAAACCUCUGUUUGUAUUGUCA